AUUUGUAGUUAUUAGCUCUCAUGGCAGGCUGGCCUUCCUGUCAGUGAGACCGGGCAGAGAGAAUGGUUCUGGGCAUGGUGGCUAGCCCUCUGGGCCCUGCUUCUCCUCUUGAUGCUGCAUUUAUAAUGCAAAAUGAGGUGACAGACAGUGCGUACCUGGGCUCCGAGAGCACUUACAGUGAGUGUGAGACCUUCACCGAUGAGGACACGGGGGCCCUCGUACCCCCCGAGAUGCAUGAGGAAGUGGAGACGGACAGCGGCAUUGAGGCCACGCUGCACGACCCUGAAGAUGGCGGAAAUAGAUUUUCCCUGAACUCUGAGCUACAUAACCACUCACUGGUGGCGGUAAUCGGUGGAGAGGAAGAGCACUUCGAGGACUUUGGGGAAAGUAACACCUCAGAGUUGCUCCUGGAGAGCAGCAUAGAGGGGACGGAGGGGGAGGGCGACUCCCCUCUCCCGCAGACACCUGAGCAGCUCAAUGGCUCCUCACUGCUCUCUCCCAGUGCUGGAAAGAGGCUGUCCAGCAAGAAAGUAGCAAGACAUCUCCUCCAGAACAGCUCCAUGACUCUGGAUACCAUGAGCGACUUGACGCGGGACAUCCUGGAGCUCGCUGAUAACGACAUCACAGACAAGGUGCUCCUCCUUGAGCGUCGAGUGGCGGAGCUUGAAAAGGAGUCGGAGUCAUCGGGGGAGCAGCAUACGCGGCUGCGCCAGGAGAACCUUCACCUGGUGCACCGGGCCAAUGCCUUGGAGGAGCAGCUGAAGGAGCAGGAGGUCCAGGCUGACGAGCAACUGCAGCAGGAGACGCGUCGUCACAAGGAGGCCCUGAUCAAGCUCGAGAGGGAGAGGGGGCUGGAGCUGGAAAACCUGCAGGCCAGGCUGCAGCAGCUGGACGAGGAGAACAGUGAGCUGAGGUCAUGUGUUCCUUGUCUGCGAGCCAACAUAGAGAGACUAGAGGAGGAGAAGAGGAAGCUGCAGGAUGAGACGGAGGCUAUGUCUGACAAGUUGCAGGAGGAAACGGAGUCCCGCAGGAAGAUGGCUGACAAGCUGAGCCAUGAACGCCACCAGAGCCAGAAGGAGAAGGAGUGCACUCAGGAGCUCAUUGAAGACUUGCGUAAACAGCUCGAGCACCUACAGCUCUACAAGCUGGAGGCUGAAGCAAAGAGGGGACGCACACCUGGCGCAGGGCUACAAGAAUAUCAGACACGGACCCGCGAGGCCGAGCUGGAGCAAGAGAUAAAACGACUUAAACAGGACAACCGCAGCCUGAAGGAGCAGAACGAUGAGUUAAACGGCCAGAUCAUCAACCUGAGCAUCCAGGGAGCCAAGAACUUAAUGUCGGCCUCCUUCUCGGACUCCCUGGCAGCUGAGAUCAACAAUGUGUCUCGCGUAGAGUUGAUGGAGGCCGUCCACAAACAGGAGGAGAUCAACUACAGACUCCAGGACUACAUUGACAAAAUAAUCGUGGCCAUCAUGGAGUGCAACCCCUCUAUCCUGGAGGUCAAAUAGACAACAUGCAGCCAGGUGGCCGUGCACAGUGACUCUUAAGGCUGUUAAAAAUACCAGAGACUUGGCUCAAAGAAAACUACCAGGAGUGGAUGUGAAAAUCAUUUUGGUAGGAAAAACAACAACAACGCACUCAACUCAUCCAGCUUCCCCCCCAAAACAAGGAUUUAACAUUUCGAAGGAGUCCAUGGCUGUCAGUGAAAAUAAGCAAUUUUCAGUUAGAUAUCCCUUGAGUCUGUGCUUAUUUGUGAGUGUAUGUGUUAACCCUUCUGAAUACACUUGGGUUCUGGUGACCUCCAUGUAUUUGGCUUGAGGGACCUGAGUCUCCCUUGUUGAGUGAGUGAAUGUGUUAAUGUGUGCAAGAGGUCAGUAUCAUAAACAGUAAAAAAAAAAAAAAAAAAAAAAAAUCUUCCCAUCCCUUCCCCAAUAAAACAAAGUGUCAAUGUUUGAUUGAGCUAAAAAAAAAACACAAUCAGACAAUUCUACAGAACCGAAAGGCCUUAAAUGAAAGGUGAUCCAAGUAUUCCAUUUUAUUUUACUGGGAUGGUGGCGGUAUGUGGGCUGUGAUCUCCUGAACCAGGCUGAAUCGUGUUUCAAUCUAAGGUGAGAAAGCCGUAUGAAGCACUGGGCAGGAGAGUGGAGCAGCAGUUUCCUCUUUUCAAUUAGUCUUUAAUGUGUUUAAAGCUUGCGGUGCUGCCUACCAGUCCAUAUAACAGUUUGUAAUUUAACCAAGUUCAACUGUCUUUCCAGUGAACCCAAGUGAGGGACGUUUCUAGGAGUCGAGAAUGAGAAAUGCCCGGAGGGUUUUUUGUGUGUGUGUGUGUGUGUGUGUGUGAGGUGUUUGACAUUUCCGAUUUGUUUAUUUUUGCGCAGUGUAGCUUAAAAGGUUUUAAAAAGCUUGGUGACACUAACGAGUAAUAUAAGCUUCAAUGUCCCAAAUGAAGGAACUGGGCGGUUAAUAAUUUGCUCCAUCUCAUUUUUUUGUUUUUACAAUGAAACAGGGUCCAGGAGCUCAGGUGGGCUGGAAACCUCAAGUGGAAAGAAUACAUUUCCCAUCACUCCCCGGCCAAAAAUAUUAAAUAACUCAAGCUGAUCUCACUAAAUGUAGACUGGGUGCUCUAACUGACAAAUUACUUGCUCAUACUGAAACUUGAUCCAAGCAUGAAGGGAAACUGAUGAGUGAUUCUGGGAAUUGUAGUUAUGUUUUUUUUUUUUAGUACAGCCCACCUGACUCCAGUGUUCUCUUGCUGAGUGAAAGUAAUGGGGAGCAAGCUUAUCCAGGUAACCAGCCCUUUUUUUUUUUUUUUUUUUGCGCCGCACAAUUGAUUUAUUGUCGGUAAAAAUGUUAUUGAGACUGAAAAAAACUGACAUUUGACAAGUUGUAUGUGAAUAAUCAAAUGGUUGUACUUUGCACUAAGUUUUGUUUUGAUUUCAUUAUUGUUUUGUUGAUAUGAAAAAAACUGUUAUUCUGAAGGGAUCAAAUCAAAAAUGAUAAUAGCUUUGAAGCCCGUCUGAUUUUUAAGUCAUAUUGAAUUGGAAAUAUUCCAGAAUACUACAAACUACAUUUUGCAGCCAUGUCUUAAGAUGAGUUAAAAUUUCAGUUACAUAUCGUUUUAUCAGCCAUCAGCCGUUCAGAUGAGCUUUCUUUGCUGGCUAUUGGCCAGUUUUAUUGUUUUCCAGACCAGAUAUAUAUAAUACUGAAGAGAUAUGGCAGAAUAGUGGCAAUAAUUGCUUGGCAAGAAAAUGGACAUUGGUGGAGGGCAGAUGAAACAAAUCUGCUCUUUACUUCCUCUGCUAAAGCAACAUCUGCUUUUUCGAAGAUUUACGGACUGAUUUUGGACUGAUGCCGUUCUUAUCGGUACCGCACAGCCGUCACUUUUGGACUUUGGACUCAGAAACUGGGAAUAAGACAGCUACCAGACAUCUUGACGGAUAUCUAGUUGAAGGGUAUUCGUGGAAAUGGUUUUCGUCCAACAGCAUGGCAUUCUGCACCAAUAUGCUAAGAAGAAUUCCCAUUUUUCACCCUGUUCACAUCUAUGACACUGCUCUUCUUCACCUGCCACUCCAUGGAAAAAUGGCCUUGGAUGUAAAUGACUUGUACAUGUAAAGUUUUUUCUACACUCAUUCUAGAUUCUAGGUAUUUUUAUAGUUGGAGGAAAAAGAACAUUUCAUCUUCUUGUCUUAUGCUGAGAGACAGCUGCCUGUAGUCUUCUCUAGCAUGUAGCGUGUACAGUAUCCGUUGUUUUUCUUUUUCUCUCUUGUCUGAAAUCACAUGCAGAUAUUUAUUCCUCAUUUGUCACAAACGACAACUCACACUCUGUGAUCUGUUCUGCUGAAUAUAUCUUUGUACAUUUUUGAAUUCACGAGGGGAGAUUAAUUCACGGUGAAUGAAUCGGUGGGAGAAUUAUUGAAUUAAGAGAAAUGUUCAAAGCAUUGUCUUUCGGUGACUCGACCAUGGUGUUGAAAAGUUUGAAUGUGACCCGCUUACAGUGUGGUCAUUUGUUGAGAUCGUGGCACUCUUCCAUAAUGCUGAAAUUGCUGUGACCUCCUCAGGGUUGUGGUUUUAGACAUAUGGCCGAGUCUGCAGUUUCUACUGUUGUCUUCCCAGAUGGAGUCAGGUCGUGCAUGAAAACGCAGAUCUUUAUUAUAUAUCUCUGAUUCAGUCGUUUGACCUACGUUUUCGACUGACAAAUCAUAUCCAUAGUUUACGUUAGUGAAGUUGUGAGACCUCACAAUGUCAACGCACGACACCUUAAACCUCAUACCAACGCUUUGCUGAGUUCAGCUUCCUGUCUUUUAGUUUGACAGAAGGUUUGCUUCGACAGAUUUAAUUAUUUGUUCUUUAUAGUAAUGCAUCCUUUUGGCAUUACAAACAGGAAAUGGGGCGACACUUGAACACAGCAGUCUAUACUUCUCUUAAUUCUCUCCCUGCUUCAUAUUUUAGUAAGUUUGGCAGACAGUUUGGCGUCUAACUAAACGGCAACAGAAUAACUAGACAGUGAGACCACAGAGCUGAAGGCGACUGCACUUUAACCACCAAAUUUCUCCAUUUUAACUCCUGCUUUCAAAAUGACCAAAGACAGAUGUUCCAACUUUAACUGAUAAUUUUAUCUAUCUCGGUUCUUGAUCUCUUGAAAACUUCAUCCUGUUCUAAUAAAUCGACAGACCCUGAGCUUGCCCCUGAAAGGAAACUUAAAAACUGGCCUGGUAGUCUAAACACUGUGCCUCUGUGUCUCAAACUUUGCCUCGAAACUAACCUGACAAUGAGCGCUGGGGAAAGCACUGACCAUGUGACUGUCAGUUUGUUAAAUUAUAAUGAUAAAAAAAACCUAAACUGUAAAUAUGAAUUGUCAUUUUUGUGAAUUUUUUCUCUCUCUCACGCUCACUUCCAGUGUCCAAAGAAAGUUUGCUCAAGGCACAAACAUCACUACUGGAGUAGUGCAUGGCUUGCCAUUAUUUGACAUGGGAAGAUAUAAAGAGAAUAUUGUAGAAAAGAGAAAUUGUAAAAGUUAAAUUUAUUCCUAUUUUCAAAGAUAAAUGUAUAAAUUAUAACAGUAUUGGUUACAGCUGUAUAUUAUUUUUGAAGAUCCCCUAAUGAUCUAAUCCUAAUUGUUACUGGGGAAAUAUAAUUUCAGUCAUUGUAAAAAGAGAACAAUUUAAAGGUAAGCAGUGAAAGUAAGAUU